UGUUUGCAGAAGACUCCAGUAAUAUCUGGAACUGAUUGAACCAUGCUACUGUCGUUCUUCAUCUCCAAUUUUCAUCCGCUGCAGAUUAGACUCAACGUCUUGUUACUAACGACCGCAAUUCAUGUGAGUCUGGGCCGUAUCAGCCUGACGCAGACGAGGGUGGGCAUUGACUCAGAGCCCACCUGGCCUGUGGCAGGAGUAGCCUCCCUGGAACUGGACUCUGACCUGGCUGGCUACUGGUUCGACUGCGGCGCCACCGGGGAACCCACGACCUCGACCAGACUCACCUGGGAGAGAGUCGGAGGCGAGCGAAACCCGUUUGACGUGGCUCGACUCCCAUCGGGGAGUAGCCGGUUGAUAGUGGGCGGGGCCCAGUUACGACAGGAGAACCUUGGGAACUACCGCUGCUGGCACAGAGACACCGGAGAAAGCUCGGUCAUCCUACUGACCAGCGAGAGUCCAGCUAUUAUUGCCGACCAGGAGACUGUCGCGGCAGUGAUAAACCAGACAGUGACCCUCUCUGUCCACAUCUCGACCUUCCUACCACCAGAGACUACCCUACACAUCACGUGGUCUUUACCAAACAGAGGAGACCUGAGUGUGAACGACACCAGCAUAGAGUAUCAGUCCACAGGGAGCAGCCUGCUCCUGACCAAUGUGACUACUGAUAAUGCCGGGGAGUACGUGUGCACAGUUGAGCAGAUCAGUAAUUCCCCCACAACUAGAUCCGCUUCUAUUCAUUUGAGACUAUUCAUUCCAGCUGCCAUAUUGGAGCAGCCAUCGCCUGUGGCUGUUGUUGAGGGCCAGAAUGCCACUCUCUCGUGCACUGCAACUGGCUCUCCAACACCAAUUAUUACCUGGAAACGAGCAGGGACUCCUCCCGAAAUUAUAGUUCCCAGUCACCGUACACUCUUUCAAAAUGCUAACAUCAGCAGCAAUGAAGAGAGAGGAGAGAUAGUGUCCAGUAGACUGGUCCUGGUGGAAGCCCGCAGUGAGGAUACUGGUGUCUAUUACUGUGUGGUCAGCAACACACUCUAUGACAUGGCAUAUUCAGUCAAUCUGAUGAGGUCAACCUCUAGUCACUGCACUCCCAUUCGACUCCCAGCAGCAUACACUACACAUAAACCUGUCAUUGAUAGCAUCACUCCUGGUAAAGGAAUCAACCUGCUGCCAGCCAAGAAAAACUCUGAAACUUUAUUUGAAGUCCCGGAAAAUUUCAUAGGGACACUCUUGACUUGUAGUGGGUAUGGCUGGCCAGCACCCAGAGUACAGUGGACCCCACUGGAUGAAUUAUCCCUCUGUGGUUUGACCAGUGAGACUAGAACACACAGCGAUGGUGUGGUGAAAGCCGAGUUGAUGCUGGACACUCCGUUUAACCGGUCGUGUGAGGUUGGAGUCAAAUGUGAGGUGGUGCUAGACAGCCUGGUCCUGGGUAGAGAGGUGGAGAAUGCCUCUUACUCAGUGUACCUCAAAGCUGGGCCAGACACCCACCAGAUACCUGUAACCGAGUUUCAGUUGAGUCUGAGACCGCGCGGGUCCCUGGUGUGCUCUCUUUGGACAGACAAAGACACAUCGCGGAUCAAAACAGACUUGGGCCAGACCCUGUCUCGCUCCGUGACCAGUGCUCCGGACACGAAAAACGAGUGCAUCGACAUUUCCUCUGUGACGUGUGACGGAGACAGAGUGUCAGUUAUUGGGACUCUCCAAGACUGUUCUACCACCGAACAUUCAGAAACUACACUCUACUCGUUUCUCGGGUGGAAGAACAGUGGUUCGCUCGUUUCUCUCAACGGGACACUCUGUGAGGUGGACCCUGACUUUCCCCUGUGUCUGACUGGGUCAGAGUGCGGGCUCCUGGGUCAGGACACUUGCAGCAGCUGCAUGGGAAUCACAGUGGGGUUGUAUGUUGUCAGUGGAGCCAUCCUCCUCUCUGCUAUGGUUCUGAUAUGUGUCAUUCUGUGCAAGUGUCACCGACGUUUCUGCUGGAACACUGACAGAAAUACUAGCCAAGAUACCAAGCCUAAUGAUUAUGAUAUGUGAAAAUUAUACCUUCUAUACGAUUUUCAUUUUCAUUUUUCAUGUUAAAACCUAUACCAAACAGUUCUGCCAACUCCAAGUAUCUAUACCCCAAAACAUAAGUGCAGCAAGUUUAUUAUGUG